AUGGGAGCUUUUCUUGAACCAUAUAUCUUACUCUGUGCCUGCCUUAUUUUGUUUUUUCCCUUAUUCACUACUUUAUAUUCGACAUCUUCCUCUUUUCCAACAUCUUGUAAAUUAUGGAGAAAGUUUCAUCUUAAUGAAAUGCAUAAGCCUGGUGAUGUGGUUCUGGGUGGGCUAUUUGAGGUCCACUACACCUCUGUCUUCCCUGAGCGGACAUAUAUUUCAGAGCCACAACAGCCAAUCUGCAAAGGUUUUGACAUUCUAGGGUUCAGACAUGCCAUGAGCAUGGCCUUUGCUAUUGAGGAGAUCAACAAGAAUUCCAAUCUGCUACCUAAUGUGACUCUGGGAUACAGUCUUUAUGAUAACUGUGGUGCACUUGUUAUUGGAUUCAGUGGUUCAUUAUCUCUGGCAAGUGGUCGUCAGGAGCAGUUUCUGCUUCAGCAAAACUGUUUAGGGACCCCUCCGGUCCUGGGAAUAGUGGGUGAUUCCUACUCUACUUUUUCUAUUGCUGCCUCCAUUGUUCUAGGUUUAUUCAGAAUGCCCAUUGUAAGUUAUUUUUCUACAUGCCCCUGCCUGAGUGAUCGGCAGCGGUUUCCAUCUUUCUUUAGAACAAUCCCAAGUGAUUCUUUUCAGGUGCGUGCAAUGAUUCAGAUUCUAAAACACUUUGGCUGGACUUGGGUAGGCCUGCUGGUCAGUGAUGAUGACUAUGGACUCCAUGUUGCCCGAUCCUUUCAAUCUGACCUGGCUCAGUCCGGUGGAGGUUGUUUGGCCUACGUAGAGGUUUUGCCCUGGGACAGUGACCCAGCUGAACUCAGGAGAAUUGUACAUUUGAUGAAGACAUCAACAGCUCGGGUGGUCAUGGUGUUUGCACACGAGUUCCACAUGUUUCAUCUAAUGGAAGAGGUGGUGAGGCAGAAUGUGAUCGGCAGGCAGUGGAUUACAGGUGAGUCGUUGACAGGAGCUGCUGUGCUCCACAAACCUUUCUUCAUGCCAUACCUGAAUGGCACACUGGGCAUUGCCAUCCGUCGAGGAGAAUUAACAGGGCUCAGGGAAUUCCUUUUACAAAUACGUCCUGACCAAAAUGACAAUAGCAACUAUAGAAAUAGCAUGGUGAGGCAGUUUUGGGAAUACACAUUUCAGUGUAAAUUUGAUCCAGCAGAUUUGGUGGAAGCUGGCGGAGCACUUUGCACUGGACAGGAAGAUAUUAACAAUGUGGAGACUGAGUUUUUGGAUUUUUCAACCCUUAGGCCUGAGUAUAAUAUUUACAAAGCUGUCUAUGCUCAGGCUUAUGCACUUGAUAAAAUGCUGCAUUGUCAACCAGGGAGAGGUCCAUUCAGCGGGCACAGCUGUGCCACUUUGCAAACAUUGGAGCCCUGGCAGCUUGUACAUUAUUUGCAACAGGUCAACUUCACUACAUCGUUUGGUGAUCAAGUGUCAUUUGAUGAGAAUGGUGAUGCCCUACCCAUCUAUGACAUUGUCAACUGGCAUUGGCUUCCGGAUGGAAAAACUAUAAUCCAGAAUGUGGGUGAGGUGAAAAGGUUGGAAUCCAAAGGUGAAGAACUUACAAUUGAUGAAGACAAAAUCUUCUGGAACUUUGAAUCAAACAAGACACCCCCAUCAGUGUGCAGUGAGAGCUGUCCUCCAGGUACCCGCAUGGCCAGAAAAAAAGGGGAACCCAUUUGUUGUUUUGAUUGCAUCCCUUGUUCUGAGGGAAAGAUAAGUAAUCAAACUAAUACCAUGGAUUGCACUAGCUGUCCAGAGGAUCUCUGGUCCAGCCCCCAACGUGACCACUGCGUUCCUAAAAAAACAGAGUUCCUCUCCUACCAUGAGCCUCUCGGCAUUUGCUUGACAACCACUUCGUUGCUGUGUACAUGUAUCUGUGUUGUUGUGUUGGGCAUUUUUACCUAUCAUCGCCACACACCGAUCGUACGCGCCAACAAUUCAGAACUGAGUUUCCUGCUCCUGGUAUCACUGAAACUAUGUUUCCUGUGUUCACUGCUGUUUAUCGGUCGUCCCAGACUGUGGACAUGCCAGCUGAGACAUGCAGCAUUUGGGAUCAGCUUUGUGCUUUGUGUCUCUUGUAUUUUGGUAAAAACUAUGGUGGUUCUGGCUGUGUUUAAGGCCUCCAAGCCAGGAGGUGAAGACAUUCUGAAGUGGUUUGGUGCUAUGCAGCAGAGAGGGACAGUCAUGGUUCUCACUUCCAUUCAGGCAGCAAUCUGCACUGCCUGGAUUGUGUCUUCCUCACCGGCUCCUCAUAAAAACACUCAAUAUUACAAUGAUAAGAUUAUUUAUGAGUGUGUAGUUGGGUCAACAGUUGGUUUUGCAGUGUUACUGGGUUACAUUGGUUUACUGGCUAUUCUUAGCUUCCUGUUAGCUUUUCUGGCAAGGAAUCUUCCAGAUAAUUUCAAUGAGGCCAAACUCAUCACUUUCAGCAUGCUGAUCUUCUGUGCUGUGUGGGUGGCCUUUGUCCCUGCUUAUGUUAACUCUCCAGGUAAAUACGCAGAUGCAGUGGAGGUAUUUGCCAUCCUGGCCUCCAGCUUUGGCCUCUUGGUAGCACUGUUUGGACCCAAAUGUUACAUAAUCCUUCUGCGACCAGAGAAAAAUUCGAAGAAAGCAAUCAUGGGUCGAGGAACCACCAACUCAUAAAAGCAGCAGUUACAGUAAAAUAAUCAACUAGUCUUAACCAAUUUGUAUUAAUUAAGUAGAGAUCUGCCUUUGAAAUGACAGGACCUUUAUCAGAUAAACAACUUGCUUUUUAGUUUCAGGAAUUCUUUUUAUUGUGAAGAAUAUAUUUUGUAAAAACUGGAAGCUGAAAGAAAU